GAUUGGGCGAAUAGCGAGCAAAUACGUGCGCGUUUCUCUGCCUGCUCCCCCACCGACUUUCCUCCCUCAAUCCCCGGCGUUGACAGCUGAAAAAGCCGAGGUCGUUUUAGAGCAGGCCCAGCCGCUAAGGCUCGACCUGUGUUCUCCACCUCCGCAUUCCCAAUCCCCACUUCAGCCUCCCCGGCCUCGGCUCCCCACGGAACCUACGUCGGAAAAGGUCGAGGGGACCCAAGACUACAGGCAUCAACACACCCCGUUAGCUGCCAACAUGAACAAUCACCAUCACACCCAGCAACAGCAGCAGAAAGCCGGCGAGCAGCAACUUAGCGAGCCCGAGGAUAUGGAAAUGGAAGCAGGUGACACAGAUGAUCCCCCGAGAAUCACUCCAAAUCCGGUCAUCAACGGGAACCUGGCCAUGGCCGACGGACACAACAACACGGAGGAGGACAUGGAGGACGACACCAGCUGGCGGUCCGAGGCCACGUUCCGCUUUGUGGUGGAGCGUUUCAGCCGCCUGGGCGAGUCGGUGCUCAGCCCCUCCUGCUUCGUGAGGAACCUGCCCUGGAAGAUCAUGGUCAUGCCGCGCUUCUACCCCGACCGCCCCCAUCAGAAGAGCGUGGGCUUCUUCCUGCAGUGCAACGCCGAGUCUGACUCCACGUCAUGGUCUUGCCACGCCCAGGCCAUGCUGAAAAUCAUCAACUACAAAGACGACGAGAAGUCCUUCAGCCGCCGGAUAAGCCACCUGUUCUUCCACAAGGAGAACGACUGGGGCUUCUCCAACUUCAUGUCCUGGAGCGAUGUGACCGAUCCAGAAAGGGGCUUCAUCGAAGACGAUAAGGUCUCCUUCGAGGUGUACGUUCAGGCCGACGCCCCACAUGGCGUAGCGUGGGACUCGAAGAAACACACUGGCUAUGUUGGUUUGAAAAACCAAGGGGCCACAUGUUACAUGAACAGCUUGUUACAGACUCUGUUCUUCACAAACCAGCUUCGUCGGGCAGUGUACAUGAUGCCCACAGAGGGAGAUGACUCCUCUAAAAGCGUUCCCCUGGCCCUGCAGAGGGUGUUUUACGAGCUCCAGCACAGCGACAAACCCGUGGGGACCAAGAAACUCACAAAGUCCUUCGGGUGGGAAACUCUAGACAGCUUCAUGCAGCAUGACGUGCAGGAACUCUGCAGGGUGCUUCUGGACAAUGUGGAAAACAAGAUGAAAGGGACGUGUGUGGAAGGCACCAUCCCGAAGCUCUUCCGCGGGAAAAUGGUGUCCUAUAUCCAGUGUAAACAUGUAGACUAUAGAUCUGAGCGAAUAGAAGAUUACUACGACAUCCAGCUCAGCAUAAAAGGAAAGAAAAACAUUUUUGAGUCUUUCAAAGACUACGUGGCCGUGGAGCAGCUGGACGGAGACAACAAGUACGACGCGGGAGAGCACGGCCUGCAGGAAGCGGAGAAGGGUGUAAAGUUUCUCACGUUCCCGCCCAUCCUGCACCUGCAGCUUAUGAGGUUCAUGUACGACCCCCAGACAGACCAAAACAUCAAGAUCAACGACAGGUUCGAGUUCCCGGAGCAGUUGCCUCUGGAUGAGUUUCUGCAGAAGCCGGACGUGAAGGACCCCGCUAACUACAUCCUGCACGCCGUGCUGGUCCACAGUGGGGACAACCACGGCGGUCACUACGUCGUCUACCUCAACCCCAAAGGAGACGGCAAAGUGAGUGUCAAGGAGCCAAUAUGGUGCAAAUUUGACGACGACGUUGUGUCCCGGUGUACUAAAGAGGAGGCGAUAGAACACAACUACGGCGGCCACGAUGACGACCUGUCCGUGCGCCACUGCACGAACGCGUACAUGCUGGUGUACAUCCGGGAGUCCAAGCUCGGCGAGGUGCUGCAGCCCGUUACAGACCUGGACAUCCCCCAGCAGCUGGUGGAGCGGCUGCAGGAGGAGAAGAGGGUGGAGGCGCAGAAGAGGAAGGAGCGCCAGGAGGCGCACCUCUACAUGCAAGUACAGAUCGUGACGGAAGACCAGUUCUGCGGUCACCAGGGCAACGACAUGUACGACGAGGAGAAGGUGAAGUACACGGUCUUCAAGGUGCUGAAGAGCUCCACACUGGCCGAGUUCGUCCAGAACCUGUCCCAGACCAUGGGUUUCCCACAGGAUCAGAUCCGGCUGUGGCCCAUGCAGGCCAGGAGUAAUGGUACAAAGAGACCAGCCAUGAUGGACUAUGAGGCUGACUGCAGCAAGUCUAUGAUUGACUUGAGUGACAAUGAAAACCCCUGGACAAUAUUUCUGGAGACGGUCGAUCCGGAGAUGGCGGCCAGCGGCGCUACGUUACCGAAGUUCGACAAAGACCAUGAUGUGAUGCUGUUCUUGAAGAUGUACGAUCCCAAAACAAGAAGCUUAAAUUAUUGUGGACAUAUCUAUACACCUAUAUCCUGUAAAAUACGAGACUUGCUGCCAGUAAUGUGUGAGAGAGCAGGAUUUCAGCAAGGAACUAGCCUUAUCCUCUAUGAGGAAGUUAAGCCGAAUUUAACGGAGCGGAUUCAGGACUACGACGUCUCCCUGGACAAGGCUCUGGAUGAGCUGAUGGACGGAGACAUAAUCGUCUUCCAGAAGGACGACCCUGAAAAUGACACCAGCGAGCUACCUACCGCAAAAGAUUACUUCAGAGACCUUUACCAUCGCGUGGACGUCAUCUUCUGCGACAAAACCAUCCACAACGACCCCGGCUUCGUAGUGACCCUGUCCAACAGAAUGAACUACUUCCAGGUGGCAAAGACUGUUGCACAGAGGCUAAACACUGACCCCAUGCUCCUGCAGUUCUUCAAAUCACAAGGGUACAGAGACGGCCCAGGUAACCCCCUCAGGCACAACUAUGAAGGCACUCUGCGAGACCUGCUGCAGUUCUUUAAGCCCCGGCAGCCCAAGAAGCUGUACUACCAGCAGCUGAAGAUGAAGAUCACAGACUUCGAGAACAGGAGGAGUUUCAAAUCCAUAUGGCUGAACAGCCAGUUUCGGGAAGAGGAGAUAACACUAUACCCUGACAAGCACGGCUGUGUGGGAGACCUCCUGGAGGAAUGUAAAAAGGCUGUGGAGCUGUCUGACAAAGGCUCAGAGAAGCUCAGGCUGUUAGAAAUUGUUAGCUAUAAAAUAAUCGGGGUUCACCAAGAGGACGAGCUGUUGGAGUGCCUGUCGCCUGCUGCAAGCCGCACCUUCAGGAUAGAGGAGAUCCCUCUGGACCAGGUGGACCUGGACAAGGACAGCGAGAUGCUGAUUCCGGUCGCGCACUUCCACAAGGAGGUCUUCGGCACUUUCGGGAUCCCUUUCCUGCUGAAGAUCCGACAGGGGGAGCCCUUCAGGGAGGUCAUGAGAAGAAUCCAGACCAUGCUUGACAUCCAGGAGAAGGAGUUUGAAAAGUUCAAGUUUGCCAUCGUGAUGAUGGGGCGGCAUCAGUACAUCAAUGAAGAAGAAUAUGAAGUGAACCUGAAGGACUUUGAGCCACAGCCAGGUAACAUGUCCCACCCGAGGCCAUGGUUGGGGCUGGAUCAUUUCAACAAGGCUCCCAAGAGAGGCCGCUACACGUACCUGGAGAAAGCCAUCAAGAUCCACAACUGACGCUCUCCAAAAAGCCUAACCCACCCGUUACUAAAGACUUUAACCAAACCCCCUGUGUGCCCCCCGCUUCUAACAGCGCAGAGCUCUCGGGCGCACUGCCAGUGAAGGCCAAGUGGGUUUGCUGCUCAUCCUACUUUCUUUAGGGUUUUUUUUUUUCUUUCCUUUUCCUCCUUUAAGUUUCGGGGGCUGUUCAGUUUGGCUUAACUAUAGACUGCCUACUUCAGGUCCGAAGAAUGAAAUUGGAUUUUAAAAAGCGGGCGGGAGGAUGGCAUGAACUUAAUAGGUGUUUGGAUUUUUUUUUUGGUCCUUGUUUGUCCCCCCUCACCCCACACGUUUUUAUUUUCAUUUAGUUUUUUUAAAAGAAUUGUUCUGGUGAGAGAGCUGCUGCAUUCUGGAGGGAGGGGAGUAGAUGGGGGAGUGGUUACAGGGCAGGGAGGUGGGCAGGCGGAUGGAAGGACAGACUGCCAUUUGCAGAAAAAGGUGUUCAUCUUGUGACGUCAGGCCAGAGGGCUUAAGCUAGCUGCCUAUCCUGGUUGUCGCAUAUUUCCCUUUCCCUUAGUGCAACUAGUCGAUUAUUUCAUGUUUACACAGAUCUUUCUCUCUUAGUUUGGUUGGAGGAAUUCCGCUUUUUGUUUUGGGAUUUUUUUGUUUUGUUUUAGUUUUUUUGUUUUUUUUCCCCCCACAGAUUGUAUAAUAAUAAAAAUCCACAGCAUCCGUUAAAAAGUAAUAAAAUAAAAAAAACCAAGCCUCUGUACUUCAUCUUGCACGUUGGCACUUAAUAUCAAAGAUGAGAACAUUUAUCAGCACUUGUUAAAUGCGAUCUUUGGGUUUAGCAUUGAUUUCUGCAUACACCCGUUUGGUUCCUUUGUCUUUCUUUGGAAUUGGUUCCUGUCUCCUUGCGCUUUGUAGUCACUUUUGCUGUGGAUUUACAAUGGCAAUGCCAUCAGACGUCUGAUGGGUUAAGUGAUUUUUACUGUACUGUGCAUUUGCAAGAAGCUACGGACACUUAGCUGACUGGUUGAGGAUAUAGAAACCAGCAUUAAUAAACAGAAAUACAAACCACCCCCCCCCCCUUUCUUUUUUUAAGCACAGACGGAAUGCUCCCUAGCGUAGAGUUGGCUUUGUAAAGAAAAAAGAAAAAAAUCAAAAAUUGUAUAUUUAAAGAAUGAACAUGUAAAAUUAAACACAAAUUUUGUUGGGUACAAAACCAUUCAGAUGUGCAUAUUCAUUGUGUGUAGUUUUUAAUUUUGGUUUCUGACUUCUUUCCGUCAUAUACUUCGUUUUCUUUUAACUAAUUGCAAUGGUCUGUCUAGUUUAAGUGCAGUACAAAGAUGGCCUGCAGAUCACCUUUAUUUUCUCUUCUCUCCCGUCUAAUUCCUCCGUGUAGCAGCUGUGUAUUACUAUUCCUGUAUAUUGCCUUUUUGCUGGGAAAUGUAUGUUGAAUAAAAAUUUUCUAUAAAA